AGGUGGCGGCGGCGCACCUGUGAGGAGAGGCCGAGGCGGGGCAUGGCGGCGCCCACGGCCCUGUGAAAGCGUAGCGGCCGCGGGGCCCGCCAUGCGCCGGCGGCCCUGACAUGGGCGCCAGCGGCUCCAAAGCUCGGGGCCUGUGGCCCUUCGCUUCGGCGGCAGGGGGCGGCGGCCCGGAGGCAGCGGUCACCGAGCAGGCUUUGGUGCGGCCGCGAAGCCGAGUCGUGCCCCCGUUCGUAUUCACGCGCCGCGGCUCCAUGUUCUAUGAUGAGGAUGGGGAUUUGGCUCACGAGUUCUAUGAGGAGACAAUCGUCACCAAGAAUGGGCAGAAGCGGGCCAAGCUGAGGCGGGUGCAUAGGAACUUGAUUCCUCAGGGCAUCGUGAAGUUGGAUACACCCCGCAUCCACGUGGAUUUUCCUGUGAUCCUCUAUGAAGUGUGAGCCUGGGGGGUGGCAGGAAUAAGCUUCCCCUGUCCCAACAAGAAACCCCCAGGCUCAAGUGUGGCUUCCAUUAAGAAACCUAGGCUGGGGCUACAACCCUGAAUAAACUCCACGGGCCUGGAACCUUCA